AUGCCCGUCUCCCCGCGCCGCCACCUCGGCCGUCUCGCCCGCCGUGUCCGUGCCAUGCUCCCCUCCGCCGCGGAGCCGGAGGUGUCCGAUGGCGACGACCGCCGCGCGUGGGAGCCGCCCUUCGACGCGUCCUCGCCUGCGCCGCCCAUGUCCUACCCGAUCACGGACCUAGCCGCGCUCGCCUCGCGCGCCUACCUCUCCGCCGAAGCCAACUUCCACCUCCCCUUCAACAGGGCCUCCGUCCCGGCGCCAGCCUCGCCGCUCCCGCAGCGCCGCCGCGUCCUCGUCUGCCACGACAUGGAGGGCGGAUACCGCGACGACGCGGCGCCGCAGGGCGGGGCCAACCCGGACGCCUACGCGCUCUGGCACUGGCACCUCGUCGACGUCUUCGUCUACUUCUCGCAUUACCUCGUCACCCUCCCGCCUCCCUGCUGGAUCAACGCCGCUCACCUCCACGGUGUCAAGGUUUUAGGGACGUUCAUUGCAGAGUGGGAUAAAGGCGUGGAGGUUUGCAAAGAGAUGCUCGCGACCGAGGCUUCUGCACAGAUGUAUGCCGAAAGGCUCACAGAGCUGGCUCAUACCUUGGGAUUUGAUGGUUGGCUGAUUAACAUUGAGGUCAAGCUUGACAUUCAUUUCAUCGAUAACCUGAAAGAGUUCGUCAAGCAUCUAACCACGACAAUGCACGAUGCAGUUCUUGGAUCUUUAGUCAUAUGGUAUGAUGCAAUCACUGUGAAUGGUGACCUUGAUUGGCAGGAUAAGCUCAACAAGUACAAUAAGCCAUUCUUUGAUGUAUGUGAUGGGUUAUUUUCCAACUAUACAUGGAAGGAAAAUUACCCACAAGAUUCAGCUGCAGUUGCUGGAAACAGGAAAUUUGAUGUAUACAUGGGUAUUGAUGUUUUUGGACGAAAUACAUUCGGUGGUGGUCAGUGGACUACAAAUGUUGCCCUUGAUCUACUUAAGAAAGUUGAUAUCUCAGCUGCCAUAUUUGCUCCUGGAUGGGUAUAUGAAACUAAGCAACCACCUGACUUUCAGAGCGCACAGAAUCAUUGGUGGGGCCUUGUUGAAAAAUCAUGGGGUAUUCUUCGGAGCUAUCCAGAACAGUUACCAUUCUACUCAGAUUUUAAUCAGGGUCAUGGUUAUCAGGUAUCCGUUGAAGGAUUGCAAAUCUCCAGCGAUCCAUGGAACAAUAUUUCUUGCCAAAGUUUCCAGCCUAUGCUUAAAUACACCAGAGAUCAAGUUCACCUGCAAGCCUAUACAGAUUUCAAGGAUGGACCGUACAGUGGAGGGAAUUGUUUGACAGCCAAAGGAACUCUUCGGCAGAACAUUGUUUUCUCAGAACGACUUUUUAAUGGAGGACUUGCCAUGGAAGAUGGACCUGUUCAUCUAUUUUAUUCGGUAAGAGCCAAUGCAAACUCUGCUCUAGGGUUGUCCCUGGAUCUGUCUUCUAGAAACAAGCAGGGUACAUCAAUUCUUGUUGCAGAGGACAUAGCAACAUUCACCAGAAAGAAACAAAAUCACAAGUAUGGAUCAUAUGUUAAAGCCGAUAAGGUGGAGCUACAUGCUCCAGAUAACCAAGAUUGGGUCCCUGUGCAACUACAUUCUCCAGAUAACCAAGACUGGGUCCUUUACAAAGCAACUGUUUGGUCCAGUGCUGGCUACACAUUAACUGGUAUCAACAUUGUCUGCACAUUGAAAUUUACUGGCCAAAUCAGUCCAGAAACAGAAGAUGGUAGCAUCUUGGAAGAAGAAGUCGAUGGAUCAUCACUGUAUCAAGCAUCACUAGGCCACAUCAGUAUUCGAAAUACUGACAAAAACACAGAGUUCCCUCCAGCAGAAUCAUGGGUAACUGAAGGUGAUUACAUCUCAUGGUCAAAAAGUUCUAACGGAUCUGAACUUGUGAGUCUGAAAAUCAGCUGGAAGCUCAAGACCCCUGAUCAACGGCAACCACCAUUCAGCAAGUACAAUAUCUAUGUGGAGAAGUUGACGGCAGAUUCAGACAUGAAAGCUCCCAGAAGCUAUCUUGGAGUUGCUAGUGUCGAUGCCUUCUACGUAUCGGGCUUAGAGGUCUCCAACGAAAUCACUGGUGUGAAAUUCUUCAUUCAAGCGUUUGCACACGAUGGAAGCUGGCAAGAACUUGAGGAAUGUCCAAAUUUCUUUUUAUCCCCUGGCCAUUCUGAGUGA